CAUAGACGUCACCACCACCACCACCACCACCAGAGAGGCUGGAGCAGACAACUGUACCUUGGCAGACACAUAUAUAACACAGAAGACCCAUCAGCAGCGCCCGAAGAAAAGACAUGCCAUAAUAACACGGGAAGAAAACGGGGGACAAGCCGCAGCACUGGGAAGCAGCGGAGGUCUGUUGCAGCAGCAGUCCAGGAAUGUGCACCGUGCAGCCCCUGAGGAGAAAAUGAAGCGCAAGAGCGAGAGGAGACGAGCCGAGUCGAGGAAACGGCGCUGUGCAACUCACAACAGCUCGGAGGCGGCGCCAAACUCCGAUAUUUACAUUGAGAUAACAGAUCAGUUAUAUUUCGCCACACUAAAGCAGAAGAUCAAGAACACAGCCGAAAGACACUGUUUCUGCAUAGAUGAGGAGCUGGCAUAUGAAAACUUCUAUGCGGACUUUGGUCCCCUUAACCUGGCCAUGUUUUAUCGCUUCUGUUGCAAGCUGACAAAGAAGCUCAAGUCCAUCACACUCUCAAGAAAGAAGAUUAUAUUUUAUACCUGUGGAGAUCAGAAGAAACAAGCCAAUGCUGCCUACCUAAUCGGCUCAUAUGCAGUAAUGUAUCUCAACAUGUCGCCAGAGGAUGCCUACAGUCUGCUGGUGUCAAGGAAUUCAACAUAUAUUCCAUUCAGAGACGCUUCGUUUGGAACCUGCAUGUACAAUCUGAACAUCCUGGAUUGCCUCCGUGCUGUUCACAAGGCUCUGCAGUACAGCUGGCUCGACUUCACUAACUUUGAUGUGGAGGAAUACGAGCACUACGAGAGGGCUGAAAAUGGAGACUUCAACUGGAUCAUUCCAGGAAAGUUCCUUGCAUUCAGUGGGCCUCAUCCGAAAAGCAAAAUAGAGAACGGCUAUCCUUUGCACGCUCCCGAGGCUUACAUCCCAUACUUCAGGAAUCACAACAUCACAGCCGUCAUCAGACUCAACAAGAAGAUGUACGAUGCCAGGCGGUUCACAGAGUCUGGCUUUGAGCAUCACGAUCUGUUCUUUGUGGACGGGAGUACGCCAAACGACUCCAUCGUCAGGAAGUUCCUCAACAUCUGUGAGAACGCAGAAGGAGCCAUCGCUGUCCACUGCAAAGCUGGCCUUGGGAGGACUGGCACUCUGAUCGGCUGCUACAUGAUGAAACAUUACCGCAUGACAGCUGCAGAGGUCAUUGCUUGGAUACGGAUCUGCAGACCAGGGUCGGUCAUUGGACCUCAGCAGAACUUUGUUGAAGCAAAACAGAACAGCCUGUGGGCAGAGGGAGAUGUUUUCCGGGAGAAGAUGCUAAACGAACGGGAGAAUGGCAAGAUGGCUGUGACCAGGAUCCUGUCCGGAGUGGACGACAUCACCAUCAACGGGAGCAACAAGAACCGAGCAUCCAAGAAGGAAGACAUGGAGCUGUACAACGAUGAAGACGAGAGAAACGGUCUAACACAGGGUGAUAAGCUGCGAGCGCUGAAGAGCAAGAGACAGUCCAGAUCGUCCUCAGGUUCACUGUCGCAGGUGGUAGCGUUCUGCUGCAGCCUCAUGGGCACGGUGUGGCCGAUGUGUUGCCUGCCGUUCAAAAGAUAGCAGAAAAGAGAGAGUGGGAGAGGAUGUGAGGUUUUGUAUGAUGGAGGUAAGUGCACAUCACUUCCUUUUCUAGCUGACAUCCUCUUCCUGUAGAUAAUGGUUGCUAUGCCAGAGAAUGGUAUGGCUGACUUGAUUUUUUUUUCUUUAUUUCUUCCCUUGGAUGACUCUGGUGUGAAGUGGAUAUGCAUUUAAUGGAUGCAGUACAUUCGACACGCCUUUCAUUAUCUGCCUCUCAUGGCCUCACUGAGCUGUUCUGCUUGGAUAUCGAGGCUUAUCUGAGAUAUCCUCUGACUUACAGUGACGCCUACUGCACAUGUGAAAAAAAAGAGCAACAAAUAUUCAACUAAUCACAGUUUCAUGUGAGAGCUGGUUAGUUGAAUUUUAUGUUUUAGUGCUUGGCUUGCACUAAUGAUUUUGCACGUAUAAAAUAAGUAAGUUAGAGAAACUUUGAACCUGGUUUUGAUCUUGCCUGCUCGACCACUUUUGCCAAUUGUGCUUAAAUGUAAGACUGAUCUUUGACUGAGAUGUUUUUAUUAGUUUAAUUAGCAGCUUUAAAGAGUAUUGUUUGGAUAUUAGAUCAAUCAAUAUCUUGACCAGUUGUUAUCCUUUGAUACUUUUUGAUACUGUGUUUUAAAAUGAUACAAUCUCAGUUAUUUUAUGGUCAAUAGUAUCAAAAAAUGAUCAAAGUUGUAAUAAAAAAAAAUGGACUUGAGUCAUAUUUUAACUCGAAGCUGCCUCACGUGAAAGAGAGCGAGCAGCAGUGGUGUGUUAAAAAUCACAUACUGAUAUUUCUUCUUUUGGCAUAUCAUAAAGAUGCAAACGUUACAUUAAUGUUUCCCAUAACAAACGUAGAGAGGUUCAGAAACGUUGCCAAUGUAUUUGUAUAAUUAAGACAGUGUGCAGGAGUUUGCUUGCAUUUUUUGGGGUAACUUAAAAUCAAGAACUUUCCCAAUACUGGGAGCCUAGGGCUUCUAUUUUUUGUUACUGUUGUAUUAAAACAGGAAUCCAUAUAGUUAGAUUUUGCUGGUAUCCUAUUUAAGUUUAAAACUUUGGUAUUGUGAUAACCCUAAUCUGGACUGCAACAAAAGGAUUCUAAAACAUCAUAUGUGAGCUUCUGUGAGGCUUUUGGGAUGAAAAUGUGUUCUUUUUGUUCUCAUGAGAGAGUUUAGGCAGAAAGGAGAUUUAGCUGCAUCUGAAGCCUUAUCAGUUAAUGUAUUGCUAUAACAAACGUUCAACUAGCAGCUGAACUUCAUCUGGCAACACAGUUUGUUUUAGUUUGUAAUACAGAUGUUGCGCAUGUUGACUUUCAGGUUGGAUUACAUAGGAGGAAAAGUUCACCUUCAUCUUUUCAUGCAUGGCAACAGGCAUGAAACCCUUUCACAUUGACAUGCUCGCAUGGACAUGCCUCUGUGUCUGAUCGUUGUUUGUGUCUAACAUGUUGUUAAUGUUGGCCAGGGGUUCAUUGCCGUUUGUUUUUCCAUUGCUUUCUGUGACUGGAUCAGGACACAAAUACCAUCUGAGCUCAGGUUACUUACAAAAUAUUUGAAGUCUUUUACGUUAUUUGUGAACCUAAUAUUAGAGCUUGAUUACAAUUGGCUGGCUUGUAUCAACAACUCACCACAUAUACAGCUAUGAUUAAUGUUUUGGCAGUUAUACAGACCGUAAACUGUUUAUUUUACAUCAAAAUGGAGUGGUCAUUUUCUGUUUGACAAAUAAAUACAGUUUAUUUUACAAUAUUGCGUUCAUUUAUUAGGGUAUUUCUUAUUCUAAUUUCAGAAAAUAUUAGGGCCCAACGUAUAUAGGAUUUUUGGGGCCUAUACCGAUAUUAGAAGUAAAAA